AUGAAACUCCCUGAAGGAACACUGACCAUAUUUAAAAAACAAAAAUCAACCCAAGAAGAACAGUCCCCUGUUCAAAGUCCAAGGCCCCACAACUUGGGGAGGAAACCAAAGAGAAAGAAGAGCACGCCGACAGGAAAUCCAAAGCAACUUGUGGUUGCUGAUGACAAUGAUUCGGCUGAUGAUAAGAAACCCAAAAGGAAAAGAACGAAACCUGAGAACAAACUGAUCAUUGGUCAAGAUCCACAGCCAAUCAGUUCUGAAGAUUCUGUCAAGAAAUUUGAGACUAGGAUGACAUCAAACCAUCUCUUCCAACCCAUCACUGAAAUCAAUAAACCAACAGAUCUUACAAAAGAGCCAGAUGCGCCUUAUGUAGUUUUCUGGCAACAAGUCCCAUUGAAUGGCAACAAUGUACUGGAUAUCAAACAGGAAGAUGUUGUUGCUAUACUUGAUCUUCCUCGUGGACCCAAACCAGUGGAAGAAUUCAAACAGAACGAUCCCGCUAUAACGGACCACGCUGAGAUGGUGGAUGCAUUCAAGAAAAGAAUGGGAUACAGUAAUAAAUUCCUGCCAACGAGAUCCACGACGGCACAAUUAAUUGCUGGUCGAAAAGAUUUUGGUGAUGACUUCAAACGAGAUUUUCUGGUCUUCGUUGUGAGCACAUUCCUACAUGGAAACACCACCUCCAGGAUCAUAAUGAACAUCCUGAAGCCCCUUUUGAACAUGAAUGAGGUGACAGAAUACAAUUGGUGUCAAUAUGUGAUUGAUACACUGGUCAAAGGAUGCAAAAGUCACCACGAUGGGAAACUAUUCACUGAACCUAUCACUUUUUUCUGGUGUGAGUAUGAGAGAGCACAUCUGAGGUCAUUCCCUGUGAUCAAAUGUUGGGAUCAAAAGAUACUGGACGACAGAUUAAGACUUCAGGGAAACAAUUUCACAAAUGACCUUGCUGCUCUUUAUGAAAAAUUCUACCAAUUGAUUAUCACGAUGAGCAAAACUGUUUUAGACAUACGUGAGAAGGAAAUGGAGUUAAAAAUCGAACCAGAUGAACAAGCAAAGAAAAUAAUCAAGAUCCUAACAGAUGCAAUGGUGUCGAUGAGUAGAAAGAUGUCUCCGCCUCCAGUGGGGAAAUCCGUGCCUACUUCAAAAGAAGUGGUGGUUGAUGAACAACAAACUCAACCACAAGAAAAGAAGAGAUCCCAUCAAGAUUCCACCGGCUGGGAUUCAGGUGUGACAUCCACCUAUACCAGAAGGUCGAGAAGCACUGGUACCAGGAAAAGGAAAGUAUUCAAAGACCCAACUAUCCCACACUUUAACCUGGGUAUCUUCUCCAGUCAGGAAGACAGUUACGAGACAACCCAGGAGAAGAACACUGAGGAAGAUAUCACAGGAAGUGUUGAUUUGGAUAAAGAUGUCAAUGAGACUAUAGAAGCAGAAGAAUAUCCAGUACCAUCUGCACUCGACGAAACAAAGAAUCCCACUCCUUCCAUCGAUGAAAUCAUAAGAACAGCCAGUGCACCAGCUUCAAAAUCAUUAAGUGAUACCGAAAAACUAGAGAUGAUUGCCGUUGCUGCAGAACAAGUUGAGAAGAACUCAAAGGUGGUUGAAGCAGUCCCUUUAAGCAUAAUUACACCCGAUUGGAAUAUUGCUUCUACCACGGGUGGUCUACUGAUGUUGGAGAAAAAUGAGUGUACCACGCCACCGGCUGCAAUCUCAAAGGAAGCUAAUGAGCUUGAUGAAGAGUUAACAAAGACAGUGGAAAAGAUCCUCAAUGAAAAACCUAAGAGGAGAAAUCCACCAAGAGUCCGCCGGUUGCCCGAACGGUUUAGGUCGCCAUUCAUGCUGCAGAAGAAAAACAAGAAAAAAUUCAUACAGUGGACAGAGGAGAAGAAGAAAAUGACCCAAGAAGAAGCCCUGUUGAUAGACUUCGCUCUCUUGCAGAGACAAGAAGAAAUAGUUAAAUCAGGACAGGACAGGACAUGGAUAGAAAACAGCAUCAUAGAUGCUUGGGCUGUCAUCCUAAACAAAGAAGAAGCUAAGAGUGACUCCCCAAGACGGAUAUUCUUUGGUGUUUCGUCAUUUGGCAGUAACAAAGAGGAAAUCGAGUUCACAUUCUAUGAGAGGUUGGGUCUUGAGCUAGAAGAACAAGGCCUUACUGUAGCAUCCCUGUUAACGGCAAAAGCUAUCUACUUCCCAAUAUACUACCAAGACCAUUACUUCUUGUAUGUGUUGCUGGUUGAAGAAAAGAAAGUGCUUUUCCUCAACAAUAUUCAUGCAAAAGAUCUGGACUACUACAAGCCAACGAAAGAUCUACUUUUUCGGUUCUUCAAAAGCUACGUUGCAUGCGUGUUUCCAAGCAUAGAACUGGUCAGUGCUCAGUACACCUUCACAGAGGUUACGCUACCAUCACAUAAGGACAAAACGCCGAAUGCGGAAGAUUGUGGAAUAUACACAAUGCACCACAUGGAGUGGUAUGAUGGUGGUGAGUACGAGGAUGGUACUACUUAG